AUGGUCCACAGGUCCCCAAUGUACCUGCUGGCGCCCGAGGGUGCCCAUCGUGGCUUGUCGCGAGAAUCAUCUGUUCCAGUGGCAGAGAUCUCGGGCGCAUUUUCCCCCUGGCAGAGAUCUGGGGCGCGUUUUCCCCGUGGCAGAGAUUCAGCGUGCAGUGUCCUGGUGGCAGACGUCUGUGGACCUAUAUCCCUGUGGCAGAGAUCCAGGGCGCAGUGUCCCGGUGGCAGAGAUCCAGGGCGCAGUGUCCCGGUGGCAGACGUCUGUGGACCUAUAUCCCCGUGGCAGAGAACUGAGGCGUGUUAUCCCCGUGGCAGAGAUCUAGGGCGCAGUGUCCCAGUGGCAGACGUCUGUGGAUCCAUAUCCCCGUGGCAGAGAUCUAGGGCGCAGUGUCCCAGUGGCAGACGUCUGUGGACCCAUAUCCCCGUGGCAGAGAUCUGGGGUGUGUUAUCCCCGUGGCAGAGAUCCAGGGCGCAGUGUCCCGGUGGCAGAGAUCCAGGGCGCAGUGUCCCGGUGGCAGACGUCUGUGGACCUAUAUCCCCGUGGCAGAGAACUGAGGCGUGUUAUCCCCGUGGCAGAGAUCUAGGGCGCAGUGUCCCAGUGGCAGACGUCUGUGGACCCAUAUCCCCGUGGCAGAGAUCCAGGGCGCAGUGUCCCGGUGGCAGACGUCUGUGGACUCAUAUCCCGUGGCAGAAAUCUAGGGCGCAGUGUCCCAGUGGCAGACGUCUGUGGACCUAUAUCCCCGUGGCAGAGAUCUGGGGCGUGUUAUCCCCGUGGCAGAGAUCCAGGGCGCAGUGUCCCGGUGGCAGACGUCUCUGGACCUAUAUCCCCGUGGCAGAGAUCUGGGGUGUGUUAACCCCGUGGCAGAGAGUGCAGUGUCCCGGUGGCAGACGUCUGUGGACCUAUAUCCCCGUGGCAGAGAUCUGGGGUGUGUUAUCCCCGUGGCAGAGAUCCAGGGCGCAGUGUCCCGGUGACAGGCAUCUGUGGACCCAUAUCCCGGUGGCAGAGACCCACGGGUGA